AACCCAGAUUUUCCACAGCUGAACAGAACACAGAAAACACUUUUUGGACUGGCUAGAGAAGACCCAGAUUCUUUUUGAUUAUCAUUUUUUUUUGGAUAAAUAUUUUGGGGUUCAGGAUGAAUAAGACAAAGGCUGUUAAUGAGGGCUUUCCUUUCCUGAGCAGUAAGAACUCGAGCUCAAAUCGAAGCUUCCCUGUGCACAUUUCUAAUCAGUGCAGGAACAUCACUGACCUUACUGUCUUUCUGGCCACCUCUUACAGCCUGGAGACCGUCCUAGGCAUUGUGGGAAACAUCUGUCUGAUUGCUGUCAUUGCCAGACAGAAGGAAAAGGCCAAUGUCACCAACAUCCUAAUUUCCAACUUAAUAAUUUCAGACUUGUUUAUGUGUCUUGUCUGUCUGCCUUUCACCGUUGUUUACACCAUGAUGGACUAUUGGAUAUUUGGGGAAGUCAUGUGCAAAAUGACCUCUUUCAUUCAGUGCACAUCUGUGACAGUGUCAAUCCUUUCCCUUGUCCUUAUUGCUCUGGAAAGGCACCAGCUCAUCAUAAACCCAACUGGCUGGAGGCCAAGUAUCUCCCAAGCUUAUUUAGGAAUUGGAGUAAUUUGGACUUUGGCAUGUCUCAUGUCUCUGCCCUUUCUGACCACGUCCAUCUUGUCUAAUGAUUUGUAUGAGCAGCUCUCACACAUCCUGAAUUUUUCCACUGACAAGGCUAUCUGCAUUGACUCGUGGCCUUCUGAGCAACAGAGACUUAUCUAUACUACCACUUUACUGCUCUUGCAAUACUGCAUACCACUGUUCUUCAUUAUACUUUGCUACCUGCGCAUCUACUUACGUCUACAGAAGAGAAAGGACAUGUUUGAGAAAAGUGAAUAUAGCAACCGAGCAGUUCAGCUGAGAAGAAUAAAUAUUUUGUUAGCAUCCAUGGUUGCUGCAUUUGCAGUUUGCUGGCUACCACUGCAUGUUUUCAACACCAUCAUGGACUGGAAUUACAAAAUCAUUUCACCUUGCCACCACAAUCUGAUUUUCUCAUUGUGCCACCUGGUAGCUAUGGCUUCCACCUGUGUCAACCCUGUUAUCUAUGGUUUCCUAAAUAGCAACUUCAAAAAAGAAGUGAAGUCAUUGAUUUUGAGCUGCCAGCAUAAUUCAGUAACUGCAUCAAUAGAAGAAUAUGAUCAUUUACCUUUAUCCACCAUGCAGACUGAAAUUUCCAAGGGCUCACUGACGUUAAACUGCAGGCAUAAUUCUAUCUAGCUACUAGUAAACAUUUCAGAGGGGUGCCCUGAUGCUACGCACCAAUUAUUACCUGCAGGUAUAAAAAACAACUCGUGAUACCAUAGCUGAGAUGUGAAGAGGAACCCAUUACUGCCUGAUUUUUGGAAGAACAGGCAAAGGAAGGUCAUGAAUGUAUACAGUAGCUCCUAUGGUACACAAGUUUUCAUGUUGUUAAAAUGGUAAAGACGUUGAGGAGACUGGUCUGAUGUAUAUGUGACUGCUCUAAGAGAUCAGUGACUAAGCUGUGGCUGCAUAUAGUCUGACAUGGGCUUCACCAGCUAAGAUCACAUCUCCACCAUGGUUGCAGUAGAAAUCCAGACUUCCAGUUUCAUCAUUGCAGGCAGCCAAAAGCUGUAUUAGAGAAGACUCUUCCAGUUUUUCAGUGUUAGAUUUUUAUGCACAGCUGACACCAGUGGAACAGAGACUUGUAAAUAUAUGGAUUUUUGUUCUUUACCAAUUCUCACAGCCCAUUCGUUAGGUAACAGUAAUCUUUCAGCAGAUCUAGUUCACAUCAAACAACUAGAUGUUCAUAAGAAACUUCUCUCUGUGUCAAAUUGGCUAGAUAAUAGCCAUUUCCUUUGCAAGUAGGGACACAGAACAAUGACCCUGGUAUGUAAAGACUACUUAUUUUUUGAGGGAUGAUGAAAAAUGAAAAUGUUACUCAGUGGAUUACUCUUAAAAUGCAUUUAGAUGAUGCUGAGUGCUAUAUUUAAGCAAAUGGAAAACAGUUGUAAAACUACAUAGAAACGAGUCUGCUUGACUUUGCAAUUUCUGCUUCUUGUCAGUCACAAAACUCUGCUAAAACUGCAUAUCAUGACUGUGCAAGGCAGUUGGAUUACUGGAGUUGUUCCAGGUCUUGGUAGCAAGAUGUCACUUCUGCUUCAGUAGCUCUUUGAUACCUUAAUUGCAAAGUAUCUCAUUCACAAGGUCAAGAUGGACAUGAAAACAUGUUUGU